AGGCAACCCCCAGCCCCAUUUCAAUGGAGCUGAUGGCCACCACCGAGUUCUACUCCUGGGAGGACGAGUACUCGGGGGAGGCUGGCAUGCUGCCCGAGCUCUGCGAGAAGCAGGCAGUUCAGGGCUUUGCCCGCACCUUCCAGCCUGUCGUCUACCUGCUGCUCUCACUGCUGGGCACGGUGGGGAAUGGGCUGGUGCUGCUCACACACACCCGCUACCGCCGGGCACACAGCGUCACUGACGUCUGCCUCCUGCACCUCGCCCUGUCUGACCUCCUGCUGCUCCUGACUCUGCCCUUUGCCGUCACUGACACGCUGCAGGGCUGGUCCCCAGGUACGGCCGCCUGCAAGGUACUGCAGGGUCUCUACGCCCUCAAUUUCUACAGCGGCUUCCUCUUCCUCACCUGCAUCAGUGUGGACCGCUAUGUGGUCAUCGUGCAGGUCCCGGCCGCCUGCCGCCUGCGUCCCAGGGCUCGCCGCCACGGCUGGCUGACAGCGGGGCUGGCCUGGCUGCUGGCCACGCUGCUGGCGCUGCCCCAGUUCAUCUACAGCCAGGCAGAGCAACACCAGGACCUCCGGCUCUGCCGAGUCGUCUUCCCCCAUGUGGUCUCACGGGUGGCCCGGGGGGCCACCAACCUGGUGCAGGUGGUGCUUGGAUUCGUGGUGCCCUUCCUGGUGAUGGCGAGCUGCUACACAGCUGUGGCACGGACGCUGCUGGCGGCCCGUGGUGCCCAGCCCCACCGGGCACUGCGAGUGCUGUUGGCCCUCGUGCUGGUGUUCGUGGUCCUGCAGCUACCCCACAGCCUGAUGGUGCUGCUGGACGCGGCCGAGCUGCUGGCCAGCUGGGAGGUGAGCUGCACCCAAAGCCGCCGCAAGGACUUGGCGCUGCUGGUCACGGGUGGGCUGGCAUACCUGCGCUGCUGCCUUAACCCGCUGCUCUACGCCUUCCUGGGCCAGCGCUUCCGUCGGGAGCUGUGGCUGCUCGCCAGCGAUGCCGGCUGCGUGGGGCCCCUCGAGUCACGCUGUCCCGGCUGUCCCAGUUCCCGCCGGCGGACAUCGCUCUCCACAUACCUGGAUGUGGUGUAGGGGCACAGUGCCUCCAGCCACGGCAGGAGCCAGCGCCCCGGGGCUCGGCCCCUCCGUGACUCCCCGGGGAGAGCCCUGCCCAUACAUGGGCUUGCCCCGGCGAGCAGCCUGGCGCAGGCAGCGCUAGACAAUCCACACGGUGAUUGCACACUCGUGGACAGAGGGAAGAGCAGCUCCACAGCACCUGCAUGUCCUGAGAGUGCCUUCAGUGCCCAGUGACCCGCCGGGACAGGGGUCCCCACAGUGUCACACGUGCUCCUGGGGAACCCUGCAAUAUCACGCGUGUUCUGGGGGGAUCGUCUAAUAUCACGCGUGCUCUGGGGGGGCCAUGCAAUGUCAUGCGUGCUCUGGGGGUCCGUGCGGUGCCAGUGAGCUGAGUCGGUGAGUGUAACAGCGGGGCCAGGCAGGCAGCUGGUUCUCACUCUCACAAUAAACCUCAGUCGAGUCCCGGUGGGCGAGCGCCAUCUCCGUCUGGGCCGGGGCUGCCCUG